AUGAAAAAGUUUGAAUACUCACAGAGCGAGUUUGACGAGUCCUUCAGGACACCAUACUUUGCUCUAUUUACAAAUAUGAAUAAAAAUAAAGGCCAAUAUUCAGAUAUUUGGGAACCCAUUACUCGUAAAUAUGCAAAUGACGAUACAGUGAUAUUUUCAGAGAUAGCAUGCCAAUUUCAAGAUGAAUUUUGUUCAAAAUAUAAUAUCAAACUUUUCCCGUAUCUUACAAUGAUACAACGCGGUUAUCCAAAAGGAAUAGAACCAAGAAACUCAACUGAUUUUGAUAAAAUGAUACAAGAUGAAAUUAAAUCUGAAAAGAUUUUAUGUAGAAUAUUUCCAGAUGAAAUUGUUAGCUACCCAGCAGUUAUUUAUGGAAGAGAAGGGAAGACUCAAAGUGAAAUAUGUGACGAGCUCACCCAAGUAUUAGAUAAUGUUCAAGAUCCAUACAAAUAUGGUUACGUUCAAAUAAACAAGGAAUCUCUUCGUCUUCAAGUUAAUAAAAAUAAAGAGAUUCCAUAUACUGGAAAAAGAUCAAAAUCUCAAGUUCGUGAUUUCAUAUUUGAGUAUUCCAAAAGACAGCUUUCAGACUACUCUAUCAAUGCCAGUAAAUCAUCUACAAGACGUGUAGCCUACAUUAUUUACCAUCCAGACAACUUAUCCUCGAUUUAUGAUUUAGGUAAAGCCGCCGAUGAAGCAGUUGGAGAAGCCUUUGUUCCAUUGAUGGAUGUUAACGAAUUCAAUUUAUUCUUCAAUUUUUCUGGAAAUUCACUCGCGAAUGUUGAUGUCCCAGCAUUAUUGUUAUUUAGCAAGCAGAUGAAGAAAUAUUCUAUAAGAACCCGUUUUAUGGAUGAUGUUACUAAUUUCUCAAAAUUUUUAGAAGAUUUCGUUUUAGGUGAUUAUGAUAGAGAAAUGUUCGAAGAACUUGAUCCACUACCAGAAAAGAUGGACUUUAAUCCUAAAUAUAGACUGGCUGUCUCAUUACUUUGUGUUGGUAUCGUUAUUAGUUUCAUUAUUGCUAUUGUCAAGGGGUUAUUCUCCAAAUCAGAACAAACUAAGCUUGAAUAA